CGGGGCGCGCACGAGCAGCGAGGAAAAGCUCCGAAUAUGCAAACCGACAACCAUCAAAUGACACCAACCACGUGCCGUGAUAUUUAGCUCGUCCGGAUCUGAAACUGAGUUUUGUCCAGGUUUUGUCGCGCAUCGGAGCGACUUGUUAGCACGCUCUACUAGCAGCCCCGUUUGUGUUCGCACCCUGCAGUCAGCGGCCGGCCGGGGACGCACUUUGUAAAAUGAGGUUGGGAAGCAUCAUUUUAACCGUCGCCCUCUGCUCUUUUAGCGCUUAUUACAUUUACGAGCCCAUUCCCGAGGAGAUAGAGGAGAGAUGGAAACUCAUGCUGACCAACUCUUUCUUCAGAAGUCUCAGCCACCUGGCAGAUCUUAGUGAAUUACUUGGACUAAAGGACUACAUGGGAGUAAUGUACUUCAUUACUCUGGCAGAAAAAGUAGUACCUGUGUCUGACGAGCAUGUCAAGGUGACAGAAGAAAAGUUCGAUGGAGUAGAAGUGUUACUGUACCAGCCAAAGCACCGGAGUGGUGACGCUGAGCUCAGGAGAGCCGUCAUAUACCUCCAUGGUGGAGGCUGGUGUCUGGGGAGUUCCCGGAUGAGUCCAUAUGAUCUUCUGGCCAGAAACACUGUCACUGAGCUUGGUGCAGUGGUUCUCUCUGUAGAGUACCGCCUUGCGCCUGCUCACCACUUCCCCGUCCCUUAUGAGGACGUUUACCGUGUGGUCAAACACUUCCUCCAGAAGGGGGUGCUGGCCCAGUACUCUGUGGACCCAGGACGCAUUGCUGUGGCUGGGGAUAGUGCUGGGGGGAACCUGGCAGCUGCAGUCUCCCAGCAGUUACAAAAAGAACCUGGACAGAUUCAGUUUAAGGCCCAAGCACUCAUCUACCCCGUGCUGCAGGCUCUGGACCUUAACACACCAUCCUAUCAGCAGAAUCAGGACAUGCCCAUUCUGCCGCGCACUCUUAUGGUGCGUUUCUGGAGUGAGUACUUCACUAGCAACAAGGCCCUCUUCAGAGCCAUGAUGGCCAACACACACAACAACCCUGAGUCUUCCAGCCUGCUGAAGUUUGUCAACUGGAGCGCAUUCCUGCCAGAGACAUAUCAUAGGAAAUACAACUAUAGUGCUCCUGCUGUGCUGCAGGGAGUUGGAGGUGAGGCAGUUGGAAUGGAUGGACCAUCUCGAUCUUUUGCUGACCCGAGGGCAUCACCCCUGCUGGUUCCAGACACGGCCUUACGCUCUCUGCCCAAGGCCUACAUUCUGACAUGUGAGUAUGAUGUUCUCCGAGAUGAUGGGAUCAUGUAUGUCACACGGCUCCGUGCUGCUGGCGUUGAGGUGACGCAUGAACACUAUGACAGCGGAUUUCACGGAGCGAUGAUGUUCACUAUGUGGCCAACUGACUUCCUGAUUGCACAUCGCAUGGGAGACAACUAUAUAAAAUGGCUCAAGGAAAAUUUGUAAAAACUGUUGACUACCAGUAGUUAUUCCAGAUUUUUCCACACCAUGCAUCACUGUUUGGUUGGGUGUAAGUUUUUCCCAUCAGAUGUUUAACUUUUUGUAGUGUGUUUCUUUUUCUUUGAUCAUGUUUUUUUUUUGUGUAAAUACAUUGAGGAAAAAUAUGAUUUAAUCUCUUUUUCCACUCAUGCAUUUUACCACAUUAGAUACAAGUAGGAAAGGGGAUUUUGAAAGAAUAGUUGAUAUAUUGAAUAUUGAAUGUUGAAUAUUUUUUUUCCAUGUAAAUUGGUUUGAGUACAAAACAACAACACACAUAACACCAUUACACAAUACAUUAGUAACAUUGUGUUUAGUUCAGCCAGCACAGUACUUGAGUAAAAAUCAAACUGUGGACUAUUACAAAAGUUGGAAGGUUGAUUGUUUUUUAGCUCGGUUGCUGGCCUGGUAUGAUGCUCUGUAUUAUCGCUUCCCACCACAGGACUUGCUUAUUGGUCUUAUGUCCAUUGCAUCAAUAUCAGUACUAUUAGUAGGUAAAGCAUAGCACUGAAAAAUGAACCACUGAACCAUCCCAUUAGGGGUUUAAAGAAUCCAGUGUAAGUCUUGGCAAAGCAGGAAAGGAUUUUCACAACGGUCCUGUUGGCCAAAGUUAACAUUUAUGAGUGAGUGCAGCUCAUACUGAAACCUAAGAUUGUUUUGCUGUUUUCGCAAAACCAGAACUUUUGUGUAAUGGUUUUUGACCCAACGUCAAAGAAUGUUUAAUAGUAUUCUGUUGAAUAUGGCAGCAGGUUUUACACAAGGGAACGACUUUAGCUUUGUAUCCCAUACAAAUGUGACACACACUAAAAGUAUAUCAUUUAGACAGGUGAAUGAAUGGCAUCUUCCUCACAUUAAAAAAAUGAUCUUUUUAUUAUCUAAGAGCAUCUACCCCUUUUUUUUUUUUUGCUCUCCGCAGAAACAUGUCAGUCUUUGUUGCUUGUAAAAGGUCCACGUCUGAGCUACAAGCAAUGGAGUUGAUAGUCCACAUUCCACACAGGAUACUGGUAUUUACACUGUUCACUAAAGACCAGGCUGCAACAAACAAACAUGCUUCACAUGCAUUUUGUGGUUCUUCACAGCUGAGUGUGAUGUAGCACCAUGUUAAAGAGAGGGAUUCUUUUUACGAGGGAAUUUUUGGAAACAUUUUUUGAAGUCUCAGAUUUCCUACGGUGCGAUUUAUUGGGGUAUGUAUGUGGGUGUGUCAUUACCCCCUUUCUUUUUUCGAGCAUCAUUUUAUUAUAGUGUGUUAAUGUGAGGAAACAGCUUUAUAUGUGGCAACCCAAAAAGUGCUCUCAUUUGGGAACAAAAAUAAUGGUCACUGUAUCAUAAAUUUGACUUUUAUCAUGUUAACAAUAACAAGCGAGUAUUGCUUCCAUUAGAUACCUGCCUUUGUGAAAAAGAUGUGCAGUAGGCAAUGACAUAAAGGUCGGUGCUGUUAGAAGAAGUUGCCAGUGCAAGACCAAGUGCCAGUUUAAUAGGAAAAUUAUUAGUAUGGAAAAUUGCGUAGGCACGUGAAUAUAUGGCUGGCACUGUAUGGCUGUAUACAUAUCUCUUGUUUGUGUAUUUAAGGCUCUGUCUGUAUCUCAGUGAACCUUUAGUCCCUGACUUCUGAUGUUGCAUUUUUUCCUCAGAGGCCCAACUAUCAUGUGAUGUGGCUUCAAACCAUUGACUUGUCACUACUGUGUAUCUCCUUUGUUUUUGUCAGAAGGGGACAUCUGGGCCCUUUGACCUUUCAGCACACGGGACAGCUAUCUAAAAGAAAUCAUAAUCAUCUGAUCAACACUGCUCUGGAAGCUUUACUGUUCAAAAAGAGCUACAGUUAAUUUCCCUUCUUUUAAGCAUCUAUGUGUUUGAAUGUUUUUGUUUUUUUCUUUUGCUGGUUUUCCAUUAUUACAAAGACAGCAUGCUGUCACAUUAAGGUAAACUUUUUAAACAAGCUUUACAGAGAACCCUGGUUCUUCUGUUUAAACACUUCUACAUUCUUCAUUGUAAAUGUGACUAUUUCUAUUUAUGGCUAGGUUUUCUUCUUUGAGAACAUGUGAUUUGCAUCAUUUUUAAUUUUAAUAUUAUCUGACAAUAAAAUGACUUGAUUGUUCACUA